AUGUUGUCUUUCUGCGAAAUGCGGAGAAGAUCGUACUUGGCCGCACAACCUCGAAGCAUCACCCCCCCACCCGAAAAAGUUCCUUCAUCAGUUGCCAUCACAGGCACAGGCACGUCGACAUCCAUGUGGACCGCCUGGACCUCCAGCCCCAAGGAUCAGGCCGGUAAUCCUUUGCCCAGUGUCAAUCCCAACUCUUUGACUACUGAAUCCAACCCCUGGACUGUCAAUGCCAACGAUACACUAGAUAGCAUCGAUGCUCGAACGGAGAAACUCAAAGAGGGCCCGCUAGCUUGGCUGAUGAAGAAGGAAUUUUCUUCCAAGCUCAACACACAUCACGUGAUGUUAAAAGUCUCGCCCUCCUUCAUGGGAGGCAGGCUACACAACCAGUUUGUAUCGACAGCCUGUCCUGAUCCCUUCCUCGGUCUAAAUGGACCUGCUCCCGAUGGUUGUGUUGCAGUGUUUUGCUCAUCGAACAGUGCAGGCACCGCGAUUCAGCACUAUCAUAUACCAGUCACAGAUCUGAGCCCAGCCCCUCCCCGCAAAAAAAACCAACAGUGCCUUGUUCUGGACGGGAGUCAUCGCGGUUCCAUUUGUAAUGUAGCUAAAUGUAACAUUAAGAAGAACACUAUGGAUAUUGUAAUCGCUCCUUCGACUUCUAUUAAUUUGCGUUUCGAUCAAAUCUGUCUUGUAGAACAGGUACGCACGACUACGUGA